AUGCCCUCGAUCACAAACCUCUCUCUGCGGUGUCGCAGGGCCCAUUCCGGCCUCAAGGCCGCCGCCCUCUCCACCAUCGCCCCCCUCCGGAACCACCGCUACACCCUCUAUGACCUCCAGUACCUCUUCCUCGCCACCCUCUUCUCCUUCUGCUACUACAUCAUGGACAAACCCAUCUGGUUCAAGCUCCCAAUUGCCCUCACCGCCCUCGGUCUCCUCAUCCCCAGAAGAACCCGCCAGUUCAUGCUGCCCUUCUCCGCUAUUGCGGCCUGGCUGGUCCUCUUCUAUUGCUGUCGGUUUAUCCCCGCAGCCUGGAGACCUCACAUCUUCACCUCUGUCCUGCCUGCACUUGAAAACAUCCUCUACGGCGGCAACAUCUCCGAGCUGCUUGCACAGGAGACCACUCCCCUGAAGGAUCUUCUGGCCUGGAUGCCCUACGGUGUGCUCCACUUUGCGUUGCCCUUCAUCACCGCUGCCAUGAUCGCUUACUUUGCUCGUCCCGGUACCCUGCCUGUCUUUGCCCGUACCUUUGGCUACAUGAACCUCGCCGGUGUGCUCACGCAAAUCCUCUUUCCCUGUGCUCCACCAUGGUACGAGACAAACUACGGAAGCUUCAAGCCGGCGACAUACUCGAUGCCCGGCAGUCCCGGUGGACUCGCACGCGUCGAUGAUAUCCUCGGCACAAACAUGUACAAGUCCACGUUCACGGCCUCGCCCCUCGUCUUUGGCGCCUUCCCCUCGCUCCACUCGGCCUGUGCUUGGCAGCUGGCCUUCUUCCUCGUCUACAUCUUUGGCCCACGCUCUAUCCCCUUCGUGGUCGGAUACGUCUUCUGGAUCUGGUGGGCGACCAUGUACCUCGGACACCAUUACGUCGUCGAUUUGGUCGGAGGUGCGGGAUACGCGGUCGUUGCGUUCUGGAUC